UAUAGAUCCAUUAAAAUCUACAUCACCUGAUAAUCAACCAACUAUUGCAAAUGAUACAAUACCAAUAUUUUCAAUUCGAAAAAUUUAUAAAAAUUUAAUUUUACUUUCUCUAUCAUUUAUUAUUUUAUUUACGGCUUAUAAUGGUAUGGUAACACUUCAAUCAAGUUUAAAUACAAAAAAUAAUGUUGGUGUUAAUUCUCUGAUUAUAACUUAUUCUUUUUUGAUCUUUAGUUCUAUAGCUCUUACUGGUGUUUGUAUGGAUUUAUUUGGUCUUAAAUUUACGAUAAUAAUUGGUGCAAUUGGUUAUAUAUUUUAUAUAGCUGCUAAUAUAAAACCUUUACCAGUACUUAUGUAUAUCAGUGCAGCUCUUGUUGGUUUAGCUGCAGCUCCAUUAUGGACAGCAAAAGCUACAUAUCUUAAUCAAAUAGCUCGUUAUCAUUCUCAACAUAAAAAUCAAAGUCAUGAAAUAUCCGUUAGUUUAUUUUUUGGUAUAUUUUUUGCAUUAUUUGGUACAAAUACAAUUUGGGGUAAUGUAAUAUCAUAUUUUGUACUUAAUCAAUCUAGUGUUGCACAAAAAAUAAAUUGUGGAGUUCAUUUUGAUCCUACAUCAGCUUCACCAACAAAUACAACUCAAAAUGUAGAUGAUACAACACGUUAUAUUCUUUGUGGAAUAUUUACUGGAAUGGGUUUAUUAUCAAUGUUACUCUUAUUUUUAACACUUGAUUCAAUUGCAUUAACACAAAAGCAAACUAUGAAACAAUUAUUAAAAAAAAGUCUUGAAGUUCUUCUAUCAUUAAAAGAAUGGAAACAUAUUGAUCAAUUUUUUCUCAUACCAAUUACAAUGUGGACAACAAUUGAAACGGCUUUUUUAACAGCACAAUUUACUCGAGGUUUUAUAACUUGUCUUAUUGGUAUUCGGUAUGUUGGACUUGUUAUGGUAUGUAAUGGAAUAUUUCAAGCAUUGAGUAGUUAUAUCUUUGGACGUCUUGUUAAAUAUACAGGACGAAUAUUUGUAUUUUCUAUUGCUGCUUUAAUUAAUUAUGCUAUGAUUAUAUUAAUGUUUCUUUGGGAACCAAAAUCAAGUCAAAUGGUUUUAUUAUUUGUAAUUGCUGGAUUUUGGGGAAUUGCAGAUGCAAUUUGGCAAACACAAGUUAUUGCUACUUAUACAGUUCUUUAUUCGGAUACUGAUCCAAGUGCUUUAGCAAAAUAUCGUUUAUGGAAAGCAAUUGGUUUUGUGAUAACUUAUAGUGAUUUAUUUGAAUAUUUACAUAAAUUGUUUGUCGAUCGAGGUUAUUCAUUCGAUGAAAAUAAUCAAGAUAAUUCAGAUAUAAAUUUUUCAAUUGAUGAUGCUAUUGUACAACAUUUCUCUACAUUAGUUACUCUUCAUGGACAAACAUUAUAUAAAAAGAGUCCAAUUAGACAAGUAACACUUGAAUCAAAUACGAAAGUUUUUUUCGAUCAAAUGGGAGACAAUAGAAUUUUAUGUAUGACCGAUGAUUCAUUUGAUUCAAUUGUGGUAUUAAAAACAAUCAAUUUAUUCAAAGCAUUAGUUCAGUUUCAUUUAGGUGCAUUACCAUUUACGUAA